AUGGUAGGUACACGGGGCCCAGUCCCGGUACCGCUCCGCGACGGCGACCGCGAUGUCACGCAGCAGAUCCUUGACAUGCUCGACGAGAAGCCAGAGCUCAAUUCCAGCUCCGACUUCCCUCAGCUACCCCAGGCCGAGAUCAAAGCCGCACUGGAUAGGCUGGCCUCGCGGUCGAUGAUCGAAUACAAGACGGAGGACAAGGAAGAGGUGGUUCUGACCAAGGAGGGCCAGACGAUAUGCGACGAGGGCAGCCAUGAGUUCAAAGUGUGGUCUGCGGUCAGCAGGAAGGGGAAGAUACCUGUGAAGGAGCUGGCGAAUGAAGUCGGCAAGGCUUCAGUGAUAGGUCAAGGCGCUGCUAUGAAGAAUGGCUGGGUAAAGAGCGAGCAAGGGUUUCUAGUACCGAAAGCGAAGGAGGUCCAAGAUUCGACGCAGCAGCUACUACAAAAGACCCAAGAAACAAGGUCGGUCUCCGACCAGAACCAGUUGAAGCAGCUUAAGAGUCGGAAACUGGUAACCACAGCAAAGGUCAUAAGCUACACAGCCACGAAAGGCCCAAAGUACGCGAAGGAGAUACCCGUCGAGGUGACAGACCUGACCGCGGACAUGCUGGCAGAUGGCUCCUGGAAGACUGCCAACUUCAAGCCCUACAACUUCGCCGCCCUAGGCGCCCCGCAAAGCGCCGGCGCACUUCACCCCCUCAACAAAGUACGGACAGAAUUCCGCAACAUCUUCUUCAACCAAGGCUUCGUCGAGAUGCCGACAGCGCGCUUCGUGGAAUCCGGCUUCUGGAACUUCGACGCCCUGUUCGUGCCCCAACAACACCCGGCCCGCGACCUCCAAGACACCUUCUACGUCUCCGACCCCCCCUCCGCCGACAAACCACGCGAAGACCCCGUCGCCGAAGCCGCCAUGGACGAGAUGGAAGCCGGUUCCCGCCGGCUCUUCUCGACGGACACCCAAAAGAAAACGAAAUCCCGCGACUACGAGCAGUACUGGUACGACAUUAAGACGGUCCACCAAGACGGCGCCUUCGGCAGCAUCGGCUACCGCUACCCGUGGUCAGAAGAAGAGUGUCUACGCCUCGUGUUGCGCACGCACACCACAGCCGUCAGCACCUGGGCCCUGCACCGCCUCGCCGAAGACCCGCGGCCCGCGCGCUACUUCUCCAUCGACCGCGUCUUCCGCAACGAGACCGUCGACGCAACGCACCUGGCCGAGUUCCACCAGGUCGAAGGCGUGAUUGCCGACUUCGGCCUCACGCUCGGCGGGCUGAUGAAGUUCCUCGAGGACUUCUUCAGCAGGCUCGGGAUCACGAAUCUGCGGUUCAAGCCGGCGUAUAACCCGUACACGGAGCCGAGCAUGGAGGUGUUUGGGUACCACGGGGGCCUGGGGCGGUGGGUGGAGAUUGGGAACAGCGGCAUGUUUCGGCCCGAGAUGCUGGAGCCGAUGGGCUUGCCGAGGGAUUUGAGGGUUUAUGGGUUUGGACUCAGUUUGGAGAGGCCGACGAUGAUUAAGUAUGGGGUUAGUAAUAUCAGGGAUUUGUUGGGGCAUAAGGUGGAUCUUCAUUUCAUUGAGAGUAAUCCGGCCGUGCGGUUGGAGAAGGAUUGA